CACUCAUAUAUCCAUUUCAUUUAAUCUUAUUGCUUCCAUAUCAGAAUAAUAUUUACAGAAUGAGUACUGAUAGACGACGCAAGACUUUGCCAGUUGUUAAGACUGAGAAUGACAUUAUUGAAGAAGUUGAGCAAUCACGAUGGCAAGAAGAGUUUACCGACGAGCCAUUUUCUUUGACAGCUGAUCCUUCAGCACAAUACGAAGAUCUUACCCAUGAAGAUUCAAAUGAAUUUGCAUCCAGCUCACAGAACUCACAGUAUUCCUCGAGCAGACCUAAUUCUCCACAACCUCAUUGGCUACAAUUGUCGGCUGAUGUUGAUGAGACAUUUCUCUUACGAACCCGUCACAGUCUUGGGUUGGAUGUACCUGGUGCAGUACACACAAUUGUACCACACAAGCUGAGAAAUGAAAGGCAACUGGAUAGUAAACUGGCUAUUGUCAUGGUGGGAUUGCCUGCUCGUGGAAAGAGUUACCUUGUCAAAAAAUUGCGACGUUAUCUAAAUUGGCUUCAAUACGAGACAAAGAUCUUUAAUGUCGGUAAUACUCGACGUGAACACGAGACCUCCCAAACAGAACAGAAUGCAAAAUUCUUUGACCCUGACAAUGCUAGCAUGAAGCAAGUGCGUGAUGAACUAGCUAUGGAAGUACUCGAGAAUCUGGUAGAGUGGCUUAAAAAUGGAGGGAGAGUAGCCAUUCAUGAUGCAACAAACUCUACGUUGUCAAGGAGAAAACUACUAAUAGAUCGUCUAAAUAUGGAGCCUGAGAUCAAAGUGCUUAUGUUGGAGUCGGUCUGCACAGACAAAAAUAUGUUGGAACGUAACUUCUUGCUUAAAUUGUCCGGGCCAGAUUACAGAGGCAAAGAUCCAGCACGGGCCUUGGCUGAUUUCAGAUCUCGUGUAGCGAAUUAUGAAAAGGCCUAUGAACCAAUUGGUGAUUGGGAAGAGGAUCAUGAUAUACAGUAUUGCAAACUUAUCAACGUAGGAAAGAAAGUAAUUGCGUACAAUAUAUCUGGCUACCUUCCUGGACAAUGUAUCUUUUACCUCAUGAAUUUUAACCUUCGACAGAUAUUCCUGACUCGCCAUGGUGAAAGUACGGACAAUGUUUUGGGUCGUAUUGGCGGAGAUGCACCUUUGUCACCUCGAGGAAAGAAGUUUGCAAAGGCACUUGCUAGAUUUAUCAAGCAGCAGCGACUAGCAUUUGCAUUGGAGAUGGUCAGGGCCGCUUCCAAUUCCCAGUUUACAGUAUGGACUAGUAUGCUGAAAAGAUCAACCGAGACGGGUGCUGCGUUUGACCCAGAUGAAUAUGAUGUCAAGCACAUUCGGUUCUUGAAUGAAAUCAAUUCAGGUUGCUGUGAGGGACUUACAUACGAAGACAUUCAAAAAGCCUAUCCCGAGGAGUUCCACGCAAGGCAAGCAAACAAGCUUUACUAUCGUUACCCAGGAAUGGGCGGAGAAUCAUAUAUCGAUGUGAUUCACCGCUUACAGUCAAUGAUUAUCGAACUUGAACGGAUGACACAGUCCUGUCUUAUCAUUACCCACAGAGUAAUUAUGCGUAUUCUUUUGGGCUAUCUCCUGGACUGGACACAGACAGAGAUGCCACACAUGAUGGUACCAAUUCACACAGUUUAUGAGAUCCGACCCAAACCUUACGGCACUGAGCUAAAGAAAUGGCAAUAUAUAGAAGAAACAGACCGUUUUGAAGAAUUCUAGGGUCAAGUUGUGUAGUACCUCCCCUUCUCCUCCUUAAUGGAUAGAUAACACACACACACACAUAUAUAUAUAUAUAUAUUAGACAAUCAGACCCUUUUAAACAUACAAACACACAUUUUAUACAUACU